AUGGGGCCGCAAGCCAAAAAACGCAAGUUGACCCCCAAGGUCGAAGAAGUCAAUUUCGACGACGCCGAUCGGCAGGAAUUCCUCACAGGAUUUCGAAAGAGAAAACAGCAACGGAUACGGCAUGCACAGGAACUUGCAGCAAAGAGAGCCCGAGAAGAGAAAAGGCUAGAACGGAAGAAGAUCCGUGAAGAGAGAGCCGCAGAAUAUGAGCGGGCACUUGAAGAGCAUCGGAGGCAGCUCAAAAUGCUGAGGGAAGAAAACGGCGACAGUGACGAAGAAUCAAAUUCCAGCAAUGGCAAUGGAGACGAGCAGGAUGAAUGGGAAGGAUUCGCUGAGCCUCCUGCGGUAGACUACGAAGCCGAAUAUAUCGAUGAAGACAAAUAUACGACCGUUACUGUCGAAGAGAUGGAUGCCUCCAGAGAAGGCUUACUCAGGGCGGAGGAGGUGGACAAGUCAGACGAGGAUGGGGACGAGCAAACGAAACGAAGGUCGGAAGCUGAUGUCAAAUCAACAACCACAAAAUCGGCCGAGAAGAAGGCAACGAAGGAGAAUAACAAGCCAAAAAAGAAGAAAAAGAAGUUCCGAUACGAAAGCAAGGAGGAGCGCAAAGUUACUCUUAUGAAGCAGCGGCAAGUCAAAUCCAGAAAGGCCAAGGCUCGGCGAGAACGAGAAUAG